UGGCCACAGAACUAAGGAGAGCAUGUACCACUCACUGACGUAUGCCACCAUCCUGGAGAUGCAGGCCAUGAUGACCUUCGACCCCCAGGACAUCCUGCUUGCUGGCAACAUGAUGAAGGAAGCACAGUCGCUGUGUCAGAGGCAUCGGAGGAAGUCUUCUGUGUCGGACUCUUUCAGCAACCUGGUACACCGUCCCACCAUGGACCAGUUCACAGAAGAGGAGAUCCACGCGGAGGUCUGCUAUGCGGAGUGCCUGCUGCAGAGAGCGGCCCUGACCUUCCUGCAGGACGAGAACAUGGUGAGCUUCAUCAAGGGUGGCAUCAAAGUUCGAAACAGCUACCAGACCUACAAGGAGCUGGAUAGCCUCGUCCAGUCCUCGCAAUACUGCAAGGGAGAGAGCCAUAGUCACUUUGAAGGAGGGGUGAAGCUUGGUGUAGGAGCCUUCAACCUGACGCUGUCCAUGCUUCCCACCAGGAUCCUGAGGCUGCUGGAGUUCGUUGGGUUUUCAGGAAACAAGGACUACGGGCUGCUGCAGCUGGAGGAGGGCGCGACAGGGCACAGCUUCCGCGCAGUGCUGUGUGUCAUGCUCCUGCUGUGUUACCACACCUUCCUCACCUUCGUGCUCGGUACUGGAAAUGUCAACAUCGAGGAAGCAGAGAAGCUAUUGAAGCCCUACCUGAACCGAUACCCCAAGGGUGCCAUCUUCCUGUUCUUUGCCGGGCGGAUUGAAGCUAUCAAAGGAAAUAUUGAUGCUGCCAUCCGGCGGUUCGAGGAAUGUUGCGAGGCCCAGCAGCACUGGAAGCAGUUCCACCACAUGUGCUACUGGGAGCUUAUGUGGUGCUUCACCUACAAGGGCCAGUGGAAGAUGGCCUACUUCUACGCCGACCUGCUGAGCAAGGAGAACUCCUGGUCCAAGGCCACCUACAUCUACAUGAAGGCUGCGUACCUCAGCAUGUUUGGGAAGGAAGACUACAAGCCAUUCGGGGAUGACGAGGUGGAGUUAUUCAGGGCUGUGCCAGGCUUGAAGCUCAAGAUUGCUGGGAAAUCUCUACCCACCGAGAAGUUUGCCAUCCGGAAGUCCAGACGCUACCUCUCUCCCAACCCCAUCUCGUUGCCGAUCCCUGCUCUG